AACAAACCGCACCAGAAAAAAGAAAGCCACGCUCUCUGUCACUUACUCUUAUUUCUCUCCCUUUUUUUACCAGACUCUCUCUCUAGAUCUUCCCCUGCAACUACUUUCUUCCGAAUUUGAUCAAAUCUUGAGCUUAAGUCUUACGCUUAAAAACGGUUCAUUUGAUUCUCUUCUUUCUUUAUUCAAAGGUUUCUGAUUUCUACGUUUGUGAGUAGAGGAAAGGCGCUUUAAAUAUACACACAAACAAAAGUUAAUAUAGUGGAAGAAUCAAGAUGCCGUGGACAUCCUUCUUCAUGUUUUUCAACAGGACUUGCACUCGUCUAGUUGUCUUCUUCCUCGUGAUUCUGUAAAUUUGUUCCUUUUAGGUGCUUUUUUCCGGAGUUUCGGAGUAGCUCUCAGUUGUUUAGCCUAUAUAUUCUUUGGUUAGUGUGAGAAUGUGCAUUGUUGGAAACAAGAAGGGAAACCGAGCAUUGAAGGAGAUAGGAACGUUUAUGAUGACUACAUGUUUCAUUGCUAAUUACCAAUCCGUUCAAGUUUGCCAGGCAGAAUAUUUCAGACAGUUGCUAAAGCCUGUAACGUAGUCUGGUGUCUGGAAUUUCCGGAAAUUUGGGUUUUUUGGGGCGGCUAUCUACUUUUGAUUUCGAAAAGAGUUAUUGUGAGAUAUUAAGAGUUUGGUAUUCUGAAGAGCUGUGUUGACGUCUGAGAAGCUUCUGGUUUUGGGGAGGGCUCUGGUGGAAAAAAUUCGUGAUAUCUUCAGUAUGAUGGCCAUAACUUGAUUUAGCAUCCUUUUGGUUCAGAUUCUCGACUUUUAGUGUAGUAGUAAACGAGCAGCUCGAAGCUUUACAAAGAGGCAAAUCUUGGUUGCAAGAAACUGAAGCAGCUCACGGUUUUUGAGGUGUAGGACUUUGUUUUUCUUUGUGUGUUCACUUUUUAUACCUUUUGCAAGGGUUUUCUGAUGCAGAACGAUCAGUUUCCCUACUUCUCAGACGAAAUGGGAGACAGAAACAUGAACAACCCGUAUGCAUCAGCGUCAUCUUUUGACGAUUUGUUCCCACCAUGUGCCAAGUUACCAUUCCAUGGUGUUGAACUCCAACCUUCUCCGGUCUGUCCAAAGAACUUUGUCAUCUUUGACCAAACAUAUGACCGGAGCCAAGUGAUGUACCAUCCUGAGCUGACCCAUAGGCUGGCUAGUUCCCCAUCGUUGAACGGAUUAGCUUCAAAGUUCCAGAGCGAGUAUGUUGGGGAGAGUUUUGGUAACUAUGGCCAACAAGAAGUGUCCUCUUCUCACCAAGAAGAUCCAAAUGAGAUUGAUGCCCUCUUGAGCACAGAUGAAGACUACGAAGAUGGUGAUGAUGAUGAGAAUGAGGAUGGUGGUGAUUCAGAAGAGGUCAGCACGGCUCGUAAUUCUUACAGAGAUUAUGGAAAUGCAUCAGCUGAAGAAUCUUGUUGCUCCUCCAGCUAUGGAUAUAAGAGCUCAAAGAAGAAGCAGAGUUUAUCAGGGAGCGCUAGUUGUAACAAUGAUGGUAAAGGACGGAAGAAGAUGAAGAAGAUGAUGGGAGUGUUGAGGAGGAUUGUCCCUGGAGGUGAAGAUAUGAAUACAGCUUGCGUUCUUGAUGAAGCUGUUCAGUACCUCAAGUCACUUAAAAUCGAAGCUCAGAAACUUGGCGUUGGACAUUUCUCUAACCAAUCUUGAAAUGCUAUGAGAAAUAUUCGUUCUUCCAUUGGAAUUGUUCUUUGGAGGUAAAAUCUGUCCAUGCGCUAUCUGGACCACUCUCUCUCUCUCUCUUCCUUUUGCAGGAUGUGAUCUACUUAGAUCUUCUUAUAUAAAUAUGUUGAAUCUUUCUCUCUUUUGUGUGUUAAUGCUUCGAUGAAGAAGCGGGGUUUGCACAAGUGUUACUUGUGGAUUUGAUUUGUAUGAUUAAACUUUCACUGUAGUCACUUGUAACCAGGAGCUAUUAUGGUUUGUAAUUUGCUUGGUAACUUGAUUAUGUAAUGUCAUUUGCUUCUUCU